UACAAUCGCAGCCAGUAGUUUUCUUGGACUUUCACCGGUCAGUGAGUGUUUAUUUGUCUACUCUGCAAAGGCAGUUCACUGUCAAAGGGAUGACUGAACGGGCCCCUGAUGUUGUGGUGGUUGGCUCCUGCAUGACCGACUUGGUGAGCCAGGCACCAAGGCUGCCCAAGGCCGGCGAGACCAUUCAUGGUCAUAAAUUCUUCAUUGGCUUUGGAGGAAAGGGAGCCAACCAGUGCAUACAGGCUGCUCGGCUGGGAGUUCAAACUGCCAUGAUCUGCAAGGUUGGUAAAGACUUCUUUGGAAACAAUUACAUCCAGAAUUUCAAGGACAAUGAAGUACUCACAGACUUUGUCUCGCAGACCGGUGAUGAAGCUACAGGAGCAGCUUCCAUCAUCGUUAAUGAAGCAGGUGAGAAUGCAAUUGUGAUUGUGGCUGGUGCCAACAUGCUGCUGGGAAAAGAAGAGCUACAAAAGGCACUACCGGCCAUCAGAAGAGCUAAAGUGUUGCUUUGUCAGCUAGAGAUCAAUCCACAGACAUCCUUACUGGCUCUGCAAAUGGCUCGGGAACACAAAGUAAAGACCAUAUUCAACCCAGCACCCGCCAUCUCUGACUUGGACCUCAACUUCUACACGUGCUCGGAUGUGUUUUGCUGUAAUGAGUCUGAGGCAGAGUUGCUCACUGGCUGUUCUGUCGCUGAUGUAGAAGAUGCCCAUCGCGCUGCUCAAGAGCUCCGGAAGCGAGGGUGCAGCGCAGUCAUCAUCACUUUGGGAUCCCAAGGCUGUGUGGUGCUCAAGGCACAGGAGUCCAAGUCAAUACACGUUCCAGCUACUGCAGUCACAGCAGUCGACACUACAGGCGCUGGCGACAGCUUCAUUGGAGCGCUGGCGUUUUACAUGGCCGAUCAGCCCUCCAUGCCUCUGGAGGAGAUGGCGCGCAGAGCCAAUCAGGUGGCAGGAGUGAGCGUCCAGGCCGUCGGAACGCAGACGUCCUUCCCCUCCAAACAGAACCUCCCAGCAGAACUGUUCUGAGAGCCUGAUCUUUUCAAAUAGGAAUUAAAAAAAACAUUCCUGACAGAACUGGAAUUAUUGAAAUCUACAGGAAUGCGCUCUGAUCGUCUCCAUCAGCUGGGAUGUUCUUCUGCUUUCUGUUGAUGAUGAAAGUCCUGGUAAAACUUUACAUGAAUCACACAAAAAUGCAGGAGCAUGAGGAGGCUUUUAAUUAAACCAAAUUUAAAAAAGACAUAACAAAAGACAACAAAUCAAACGUUCUGCUCUUUAAGCCUGUACAGACGAUGAAGCACUUUUAAAUUGAUCUGAUCUUCCUCUUCUCCAGGAACAGGACGUGCUUGUUCACUGCAAAGACACAAUAAAAAAAAAAAACUUUACAAAA